AAAUAGAGAGUUGAUUUGCCAUGAGGUUUCGUUUUGUAAACAAAUCUGCAUGAGGCUCUUCUCAGACCGGUAACAAAUCGGCAAAAUAGUGAAUAAUACAAUCAUAAACGUUCGUAAUGGAGGCUGCUGCUGAAAGUACGACUACUGCACAAAAGGCUAAGACUCCGGCUCGAAAAGCUAACACACCGAAAGCUGAGUCUAGUAAGGUCGACGCUCAACCGGUGAGAGGCAAGCCGAAAUCGGGUAGGGUAUGGAAAACUAACAAAGACCGAUUUGCUACGAUAAAGAGGAGUCUUCGUGGGAAAACUUCUUCGCAACAGCUCGCAUUCAGAGAUGAAAUAAAGCAGAUCAAAGAACUGUCACAGUCCAUCAAGGAUACGAGACGCCGCGAGAAUGAGGAGAAACGGUUACGGCGUGAGGAGAACAAGCGGCGAAGGUUGGAAAAUGAGCGAAAAAAUGAAGUCGUCCAGAUUAUCAAAAAUCCCGCCAAGCUGAAACGCAUGCGCAAGAAACAGCUGCGCAUGAUUGAGAAGCGAGACAUAAGCAAAUUAAACGUGGUGUAGUUACUGCAAGAAAUGGAGCUGCCGUAAUGUAACAACGCGUGUGUAAGUUUCUUUUUAUUUUAACCGUUGUGCCUUCUACUCGGACAACGAAGCUAGCAAUUCCAUAACAUUGACCCAUUCAAACCCGUC